AUGAUAAAAUUACUAGUCAAUCCACAAUGUGUUACUAUAAGGUCAUCAUCACCACUGCUACUACUGUUAGUAAGGUUUAAAUCGAUGGGACAUAAGGGAAAAAGACCCCUUCCAAGAAAAUCACUGAAUAAACCAGUGAGUAAACCAAUUCCAAAGAAGAAAACAGUUCAACCAAAACUAGAGAAGAAUGUUUUCAGUUCUGGUAAAUUCUCACAAUUAUAUAAUGAAGGUGGUCAUAUGUCACUUGGGGAAACACCAAUUGAUAAUUUUAAUCAAUUGAAAGUGUUUCCGACAGUUAGAGAAGCUAUGAUUAAAGAGAUUAAAUCUCAAUAUAAUUUAAAAGGUGAUAAUUUACCAAAAACUAAAGAAGAUAUACCUAUUAAACCAACUCCUGUUCAAAUUGGUGCUAUUCAAACCAUAAAUAAAUCUAGAAAACCCAAAUCUGUUGCUCUUUCAGAGAAUGAAAUUGCCAAAUUGAGUGAUGCUGAACGCAUUCAGUAUGAACUUCGAUUAGCUAAUGAAGUGGAAAAAACUAAAGUAUUUACUAUUGCUGCUGAAACUGGAUCUGGUAAAACAUGGGCUUAUUUAUCUACAUUGUUGAGUAAAUUAAAAGAAGAUGAUAUGAAUUUAUGGAAAUUAGAUCCUGAAAGAUUGGACGGGUUAAAAAAAUCCCAUUCUGUUAGAUCAAUUAUUUUAGUACCUACUAAUGAAUUGGUUGAUCAGGUGUAUGAUGUUUUGGAAAGAACUAAUGAGUUUAAAUUGGAAAAUAACAAUAUUCCACCUGCUUUCAAAGAAUUUGUUGAUUUACCAGAAAAUCAAACAGUCGGGUUAUCAAUGAUGAAGUUAUCUCAAGGUGAAGCUCCAGUUAAGUUAUUCCGUCGUUUGGAAACAACGGGUAGAGUAGAUGUUUUGGUUACAACACCAGGUAAAAUUGUUGCUUUUUCUAAAUUGGUUAAUAUAAAUCGACCAUUUAGAGUUUUUGCUAAUUUACAAUAUUGUGUUCUUGAUGAAGCAGAUACUUUAUUUGAUGAUUCAUUUGAGAAGAAUACAACUGAUGUGAUUAUUCAUUUUCCAAAAUUGCUUGAUUUGAUUUUAGUUUCAGCUACGAUUCCAAAAUCAUUUGAAAAGAAAUUAACUAGAUUAUUUCCUGAUUCUAAAUCAUUAAUUAGAGUUGCUACACCAUCAUUACAUAAAGUUCCAAGAACCAUUAAAACUAUGAUUAUCGAUGCUGAUGCUGCACCAUAUAAUGGAUCUAAACCAAGAGCUUUGGCACAAGCAUUGUAUGCUAUUUCCAAAGAUGGUACUGAACCAGGAUUUGUUAAAAGAAUCAUUGUUUUUGUCAAUGAAAAAUCAGAAGUUGAAGGUAUUGUUGAAUCAAUGAUUUCUAAAUAUAAAGUACGUCCUGAAGAUAUUGUUGGUGUUAGUGGUUCGGUUAAAAUUCAAGAAAGAAAAGAAAUGUUGGAACCAUUUCUCAAACCUGCUAAUCUACUUGAAGAAGAUCCAGAUGGUAGUAAAGUUAAAAUAUUAGUUACUACUGAUUUAUUGGCAAGAGGUUUAAAUUUCCAAGGAGUUAAGAAUGUUAUUUUAUUAGGAUUACCUAGAAAUUCAGUUGAUUUAGUUCAUCGAUUAGGUAGAACCGGUAGAAUGAAUCAAAGUGGUAGAGUCUUUAUAAUUGUUGAUAAGAAAUCUUUAAAAUCUUGGAUUAAAGGUUUAGGAACUGCAAUUAUAAGAGGUCUUAGAAUUGGUUAA